UAUUCCACGUACAUCUACAGAGUCCUCAAGCAGGUUCAUCCCGACACUGGUGUCUCCAACAAGGCCAUGGCCAUCCUGAACUCAUUUGUCAAUGAUAUCUUCGAACGUAUCGCAUCUGAGUCUUCCAAGCUUGCGUUAUAUAGCAGGAAGAGCACGAUCUCGUCACGUGAGAUCCAAACGGCGGUCCGACUUAUCUUGCCAGGUGAACUCGCGAAACAUGCCAUUUCAGAGGGCACGAAGUCGGUAACCAAGUUCACAUCAUCACAAGGAAAGUAGCUGUUGGUAGAUAUGGUUCCCGCAACGGCCGUGUGGUCCUUAUCCCUCCGUUGUUAUUGGCUAGUUUCUUUAUAUGUUAUUGUUUCGUCUUAUUCUGUAGUUUUGUACUCGUUUGAAUGUCACUUGUUCUUCUGCCCGUUGGUGGAAGCGAAGGACUGUAACUGCAGAUUGCUGGGACUAUUCCACAAUGAAAGGCGAGCGAAAACUUGCGCAAUUACUACG